GAACCAUGGCACUGCGCCUUUAAUUCCCGGCUUGGGAGGGGUGCAGUGGAUAAUUUCCGCUCCCCCACUCCCUCCGCGGCCCUGGUGGCAACCGUCACCUGUAAGGCGAGCACCGAGCACGGGCGAUGGAGCCUGGCGCCCAUUGGACAGAAUACAAAGGCAGAAACCUACCCCGAAGACUGGGGGCCUGGCGCAGCGGAGGCGGUGGGCGCGCGCCGCGGCCCCCCGCACCUUUCUCCAGGAGACACCCGGGCCCCGCGGCGCGGGCGUGACCGGGGUCCAGCUUCAUGGUCACGCCCGUCCCGCCUCAGUGAAAACAGGUGAGCGUGGCGGAGGAGGACGUGACUCCCGGAACCUCUGCUCCGGCUAGUCCCAGCGGGCGCGGCGACGUCCACCUGCCCCGGCAGCCGGGAACCGAGGGCGGGUGGCAGGGGGUGGCCUCCGCUCUCCCGCGGGACGGGACUGACCAUGGCGCUAGCCGCCGCGGCCGCCGCCGCGGCCGCCGGAGUGAGCCAGGCGGCCGUGCUGGGCUUCCUGCAGGAACACGGCGGCAAGGUGCGCAACUCGGAUCUGGUGAGCCGCUUUAAGCCGCUCCUGGAUGCCGGCGACCCGCGCGGCCGUGCCGCCCGCAGGGACCGCUUCAAGCAAUUUGUCAACGACGUGGCUGUGGUGAGGGAGUUUGACGGCGUCAAGUUCGUGGUGCUGAGGAAGAAACCUAGGCCCCGGGAGGGACCAGAGCCCCUGGCCUCGUGCGUCCCCGGCACCCCCGCGAUACCAGACCCUCCGUCGAACAUCACUUCCGUCUCACAGGGGGAAACCCCCGGCUCGGGGGUUCCAUCCCUGCCUGCAGAGCAGCAGUUGGUGGAACCACUUGAGGACCCGGCCCAGCCAUUAGAGCCACAGGACACCCCCGGGGAUCCGGCCUCUGAGCCCACUCAGCCGAACGGGGAGCUGUUGUUAGGUCUGGCCCAGCAGUCAGGGGGACCCUCCGACUCCCAGAUUCCAGCCUUUGAGCUAGCCCUGCCCUCUGAGGAACUCUCUGCAGACGUGGCCCCGCCGUCUAGGUCACCGUCGGAGGAGGUCUUGUCCCAAGCGGAGUCGCUGGACCAGGAACCUGGGCAUCGAGCCACGAAAGAAGCUCUACCACUCCCUCGGCACGCGCCGCCGCCAAAGCCCUGCAUGCUGCCGGUGCGCUGCGUUCCGGCCCCCUCCGCCCUCCGGAUCCGGGCCGAGGAACAGGGCCUGCGCCGGCAGCUGUCGGAAGAACCGAGCCCCCGGAGCUCCCCACUGCUGUUGCGGCGGCUCUCGGUGGAAGAGUCUGGCCUGGGCCUCAGCCUGGGCCCGGGCCGCUCCCCACACCUGAGGCGCCUGUCGCGCGCCGGCCCGCGCCUGCUGAGCCCAGACACCGAGGAAGUGCCCGCCGCGCCGCCGCCGUCCGCCGUGCCUCUGGAGCCGACCGAGCACGAGUGGCUAGUGCGGGCGGCCGCGGGCUGCUGGACCCACCAGCUGCACGGGCUGCUGCUGCGCGACCGCGGCCUGGCGGCCAAGCGCGACUUCAUAUCUGGUUUCACGGCCUUGCAUUGGGCCGCCAAGAGCGGAGACCGGGAGAUGGCGCUGCAGCUGGUGGAGGUCGCGCGGCGCGGGGGCGCGCCUGUCGACGUGAACGCGCGCUCACACGGCGGCUACACGCCACUGCACCUGGCCGCUCUGCACGGCCACGAGGAUGCCGCCGUGCUGCUGGUGGUGCGCCUGGGUGCGCAGGUGCAUGUGCGUGACCACAGCGGACGGCGCGCCUACCAAUACCUGCCUCCCGGCGCCUCCUACGCGCUCCGCCGCCUGCUCGGCGACCCAAGCCUUCGAAGCUCUAGCGAGCUCGAUGCUACCGGAGCUAGUGGUGGCACGCUUGCGACCCGGCGCCCGGUGCAAGUGGCUGCCACCAUCCUCAGUUCCACCACCAGCGCGUUUCUGGGUGUCCUGGCCGACGACCUGAUGCUCCAAGACCUGGCUCGGGGCUUGAGGAAGUCAGGCUCCUUGAGCAAGUUCUUGGGUGCCUCGCCCAUGGCUCCACGUAAAAAGCCUAAGACCCGCAGUGGCCUACCGGCUUUUUCAGAAAUCUCUCGUCGACCUACUCCGGGGCCCUUCGCUGGGCUAGUGCCCAGCCUGCCUCCCACAACCUGACAGUCCCUGAGGCUCAGCUUGGUUGAUGUAACCCAGCCUGCCCCUCAGUCCAAGCCUGCCCAGAACAGUGGCUCAACACCUGUGGCUACAUCCUAUUUCCAGCUUUCUCCACUGCAGCCUGUUUUACCCAGGUGGGCCUACGCCUCUAGCUUCUGCGUGAAGCUUGAUCUGUCUGCGAAGAUGGGAAUCAAGAUCUGAGAGAGCGCCACCUAUAACAAAUUCCAGAAAUCAGGCUUGAACUUGGGAGACUUGAAUUUUAGGAUCAGAAGUUAAGGGCCCCUGCAUGAGUUACCCGGACCUCUGCAUCUACACACUCCCAAGCCAGAACUAGAGCAAGGGUUUCUAAAUGUUGUGUGGUGUUGGAUAGUUUGUGAGCUUUAAGAUACAGAGUGGUUUUGUAAUCUGAUGCUUUUAUCCUAUUUUUAAAUUGAAAUGAGGUAAAACAAUUUUCAUAAUAGCCUUUUGAAAUUAUAUUUUUCCAUUUUUAGGCAAAAUGCUCAUUUUCAAUCUUUUGCUAAAUAUUUUGGAGUUCUAUUUAAAAAACAGAUGAUCAAGAUCUAAAGGAAAUUAGUCCCAACCAACAAAACCCUUAAACCUUUACCUACCUCAUUUUAGGCGUUCAAGAUUCUAGAGAGUCUUGGAGACAGAAUGUGACCAUUGUGAAUGUAAUUAAUUUCAGUUGUGCUGUGAAUGCUAAAUAUUAGGAAGCAAGUGCAUCUUGGGAGAAAGAAUGAUUUAACUGAGAGAAAGAGGCAUUUUGGCAAAUACUUUUAAUUUGUGGUUGUCUUUAUGAUGAAAUACAAAAUGUCUUUGGCACUGGUGGGUGAUUUUUUUUGAUUUGGCAUGAAUCUUUAAUUUUUUAAGUGUGAUUUAUUUGUGAAUGCACCAUUGUGCCAUGUUCCUGAAUCUGGUUUUUCAAAUCUGGCUGAGCCUUUCGAUGCAGUACGUAAAUAUUCAAAGAAAAAAAUGUCAUAGCAUUACACCAGAAAAAUAACUGGUUAAAUAAUAGUGGGUACACUUAAAGAGCUACUAUUUUAUGUGAAAAUUCUAUAAAAACAAAAAGUAUGUUACAUCCAUCUUUAAAAGCCAUCUGAAAGCGGGCGCCUGAGUGGCUCAGUAGGUUGAGCGUCUGACUUCAGCCCGGGUCGAGCCCCGCGUCGGACUCUGUGCUGACAGCUCAGAGCCUGGAGCCUGCUUGGGAUUCUGUGUCUCCCUCUCUCUCUGCCCCUCUCCUACUCAUGCUCUGUCUCUCUCUCUCUGUCAAAAAUAAAUAAUCAUAAAAGCCAUCUGAAAGCAAACAACUUAUUCCAAAAUAGCAAAUGCAGAAUUUCUUUGCUCAGUGAACUUAGAGGAAUGGCCUAACUUCCCCAGACAUUUGCUCACAUCUAUAAUUGCAAAGGUUUGUAGAUAUCACCAAGAGGUCCCAGGCUCAACACAUUGUAACUAUAGUGGCUCUUUUUGUCUUUGAAAGAUGGGGAAUCUAUUUGCUCAACCAGCCUUUUUGUGUAUCUUAUUGUGGUAAUGCUCUGCUUUUGCGAACUGUGUCUGCAUGUCAUUACUUCUAUCAAAUAGUUCUUGUGGCAGAGGAGAGUGCGGCUCCUCCCUUCUAUAUGUAUCAGUGAGGCAUCUGACAUUAUUUAAGGCAAUCCUUAAUGGAAUGUUUUGAUUUAAGCAAUGAAAUAAACAAGUCUCUCAUUUUGUU